GUCGCCGUAGCGAGGGUUUUAAGUUUUGAGCCCGGCCCUCAGCCCGGCCGCUCGUUGGCCUUAAGGGAUGCGGUGUUCCCCGUAAUCGCGGCUGCCCACGUGUGGUGCUGUCGUAUUGCUCGUCCCAGUGUCUUGCAGAACCGUUUCUGCACCCGGUGCGACGCACGGGUUCUGUCUGGCCGGCCGGGGGCGCCCUUUGACGCAGCCUGUGCAACUGUGACCGCCCGGUGGACAAGAUGGCGGCGCCGCUGAGGGCGGCGAAGUGGUUGCGGAUGGCCGGUGGCGGGCCCGGCCUCGCUUUGACUCGUUCUGCGUUUUUUGCAAGAAGGCGUAUGUAUGACCAACCAAACUGGGUAGGAGUUGGCUUGGCUUUCACCACCAGUGCUGCCCUGUGGGCUUUUCUUUUCAAGCAGCAUAAUGAAGAUGUAAUGGAAUAUGAAAGAAGAAAACAAGAGAGACAACAUAAGUGUACAGGUUGUUCAUAGCUGACCAAAUGUUCAAUAAGAAAUAUCAGUUGUGUCCUGUGAAUUAAGGAGUACAGCAGACCUAUCUAUAAGUAUGUAAACCCUUAUCUGUUCAUUCAUUUCACGUGCAAAAAUAUAAAUAAAGUGUGAAAGAAGCUUCCGAA